GCAACAACAGAGAGACCUUUUAUACAGAAGCUGUUUCGACCAGUUGCUUCAGGAGGACAGUUGCAUACUUUGGGAGAUCUGCUAAAAGAUGUGUGCCCUAGCGCUAUCGCCCCUGAAGAUGGAGAGCAGAAGACUCAAGUGAUGAUUCAUGGAAUCGAGCCAAUGCUGGAAACACCCAUACAGUGGCUAAGUGAACAUAUGAGCUAUCCAGAUAAUUUUCUCCACAUUGGUAUCAUUCCCAGACCUACUGAUUGAAACUCAAGCUGUUCUGGUAUGAGGAUCAUUCUCAAUCUGGAAUUAUAAGGGCAUGUCAACUUCUUGUGUCUGUCAGUCUUGACAGAGGCAGCCUGACCAGAAAAAAAAAAAAACAACAAAAACUGAAACAAAACAAGAAGUCCUCCUCACUGCUGCAAGCCAAACAGGAAGAGAGAUCCCCUCAUCAGAUAAGGGCAAUUGGGCUGAUCUUAUUUUGCAUCACUGCUGCUUUUCUUCACCACUGUAAUUAAAUCAGUUGCGAUAUGAAAGAAUUUACAGGACUUCUGCAAGUCUGCUGUUUUCUUGUAAAAUAUAAUGAAGCUGAAACUGUCAGCCAAAGAGCAAAUGGAAAUAUGCCACUUGAUUGUAUUUCUGAUUAACAAAUAAACAGGGCUGUUUCCUAAAGCGGUAGUGUUUCAACUUUGAGAGUGGAAACAUUGGUUUAAUUUUCUAGAAAGUUAGACACUGAGCGAUUCAGUUACCAAUAGCUUUUUGUAAAAGAUCAAAUUACUGUAAACCCAUCUUUCCUUAAUGAGAAGUUCAUGUUUACAGUAUGUGUAUUGGUAUGCAAAUGAUCUUUUAACUUUGAUAACAAGCAGUGAGAGAUUUUAAAGUAAACCCGUGAGCAUGUUUUGUCAUUUAAAAACAUGCACAACUUAAUAAUUUACAAAUACUUUUGAUUUGUAUGCUGUCACUGAAUACUCUGCUAUGUUUAUUAUUCAAACCGGUUUUCAUAGACUAGCAAUGAUAUAGGAUAAUUCGUCUCAGGAUUUGUCAUGGCAUUUCUUUGUGCUCAUCUACGGUUUUUUUCUGUAAGAAUAUUUACUUAAUUUAGUUUAAAAAGUUAAAAAAAAAAGAGAAGUAAACAUAUGUUGCAAA